UAUUAAAUGUUAACUAUUUUCAUGCAGAAAAUGAUGUCAAUAGUAGCAUGCAGAGGCUUCAAGCAGACACUAGACACUACAAGAAUAACUUUGUGCAGCCACGUGAUUUAGUGACGUGAAAUGCACGUGGCAAAAAAUGCCAAUUACGACGUGAAUUUCACGUGGCUAAAGGUAAAAUAUAAUAAAAAAAUGGAAUGACAACUUUUCAGGUUGGGGGGAAAUGAAAAUAAUUAAAAUUUGGUAGUGACAUGCAGAUCACGUCGCUAUUUUAAAUUUAAAAUUCAAAUAAUGUUUUGUGAAAUGUAAUUCACGUCGCAACUAGUGACGUGACAAGCAUGUGGGUACAGAUGACCGUUGAAUGGUUUGUGGCGUGUAAAUCACGUCGCAAAUAGCGACGUGACAAGCAUGUGGGUACAGAUGACCGUUGAAUGGUUUGUGGCGUGUAAAUCACGUCGCAAAUAGCGACGUGACAAGCAUGUGGGUACAGAUGACCGUUGAAUGGUUUGUGGCGUGUAAAUCACGUCGCAAAUAGCGACGUGUUUACCACGUGGGAACCUUUCCUUUACCUUCCCUCUUCUCUCCCUCUUCCCUUCACCGUUUCAUUCUUCUUCUUCUUCGUUUCCUCUUCCCUUCCACCGACCCAUUUUCCCCUUCAACCCAUUUCUCUCCUUCAAGCUUCAGAUCCAUUGUGAAAUUGGAAAUUUAAAGAAAUAGCUAAGAGUGAAUUAUUCAUUCAAGAAUUUGGAGCAAACAGAUUCAAAGUCUUCAUCCAGAUGAUCUCAAGUAUAGCACCAUUAGGCUCCAGUUUCGCCCAAGCUCAAGAAAGAGUAACUAAAUUGACAGAAUCUGGUCAAGAUGAGGUGAUCAAUGCGUCACUUAAAUUUCUUAAAGAAAAAGCAAAGCUUAAGGCAAAAACUGCGAAUGGUAUUUUAGGCGGUGCUAUAGCAACUUCAACUAUUCUUGGAGUGCCUUUGGGACACAAUGGAUCAUAUCAUGAAGGUCCCACAUUUGCUCCUCCUCUCGUUAGGGAGGCCAUUUGGAAUGCUAGCACAAACUCAACAACCGAAGAGGGCAAAAAUUUAGUUGACCCACGUGUGUUUGCGGAUGUGGGUGAUAUUCCUAUCCAAGAUUUGCGAAAUUUAGGAAUCAGUGAAGAUAGAUUGAUGAACUUUGUUAGUGACUCGGUCAAGAUAGUGAUGGAUCAUGCUCCAUUGCGUCCCUUAAUUGUGGGAGGUGAUCACUCAAUAACAUUUCCUGUUGUUAGAGCUAUCUCUGAGAAGCUUGGAGGACCUGUUGAUAUUCUUCAUUUUGAUGCACAUCCAGAUAUCUAUGAAAACUUUGAUAAUAAUUAUUAUUCACAUGCUUCACCCUUUGCUCGAAUCAUGGAGGGUAAAUAUGCCAAGCGACUGGUGCAGGUUGGUAUACGAUCAAUAAAUGAUGCUGGAAGACAACAAAUCGAAAAAUAUGGAGUAGAGACACAUGAAAUGAGAAAUUUUGCAAAAGAUCGCGACUAUUUAGAGAAUUUGACACUUGGUACGGGUGAAGGUGUAAAAGGUGUAUAUGUAUCAAUAGAUGUUGAUUCUCUUGAUCCAGGAUUUGCUCCAGGUGUGUCUCACAUUGAAUCUGGAGGUCUUUCUUUCAGAGAUAUUCUAAACAUUCUUCAGAAUCUCAAAGGCAAUAUUGUUGGUGGAGAUGUUGUUGAAUUCAAUCCAAUACUUGAUGUUAGUAAUAGAAUGACUUCACUUGUUGCUGCUAAGUUGGUUCGAGAGUUGGCUGCAAAAAUGUCUAAAUGAUGAAUUAAGUGGUUCUCCUACUGUUUGGGAUUUAGUUUUUAUUAAGUCUUAUUUAAAAUAUUAAUAAAAGAGUUAGUGUGUAACUGUGCUUUAGGCUUUAACUAGUCUAAGUCAAUGCACAUUAAUGUUUGUGCCUUUGUUUUUAAUUUGCUUAUUUUGAGUUUAUGACUAAAUAAAGACUUGUCAAUGUUUUCUUUUUAA